GAUAAAACAUUUUUUUAAUGAUACAUACAUAUGAAUAUCUAGUCAUCCAAAAUUCUAUUUUAUAUAUAUUAGAGAUGUGGAUUAGUAGUGUAAAAUAAUUUGCAAUAUAUAGGGGAAACCCCUAAGUGAGUUGGUAAGGAGCAUGGUCAACAUACCGAGAGGUUGGGGGUUCGACUCCUUAUCCGUUCACCUAUCGCAUGUCAGUUACGGUUGAUUUACAUCCCACGCGUGUGUUGCAGACUCGUACGUGUGAGCUUGGGUUUAUUUGGUCAGCGCACUCGAAGGGUAGCAGCCGGAUUCCAAUGUAUCAAAAAAAAAAUUUGCAUAUAUAUAUAUAUAUAUAAAGAGUGGAAAAAAUAGAAUGAAAGGGAAUCCAAGUAAAACUGGAAACUGACAAGACCACCUCGUGCUGCUACAGUUCUUAAGGGUGCAUGCACGUAUGGCCCUUCUUCCCCUCACUCGAAAACCUAAGACAGGGAGCGUACAGGCGUGUGAGGAAAGAGCGCGUGAGAUAAGUCCCGACUACUCUUUGUUCCGAAGUGCAUAAAGAUGGUGAUAUAUCAUCCUAAUGGACCAUCUCUCUAGAAUUUUAGAGAGAGAAACUGUCUCUCUCGUUCUGUUGCGCUCUCUCAUGCGUCGCUUUCUCUCUCAACUCCUUUAGUAACUCAAAUAAUUAAACAAAUAAAGGGAAAGCGACAUGAGAGAAACUACUCCCCGAGCGGAAAACCGUAAAACCCCUCUCUCUCUCUUUCUCUCCUCUUGCGCUCGGAUCGGAUUCGGAUUCGGCUCCUGAGAUAAACACAUAUGCACAAAACUUGAAGACGAUGGAGAUAGUAGCGACAGCAGGUUGAUCAAUUUGAAGAGAAAAAGGAAGAAGAUGAAGAACAAGCUUGAGAGAGAGAGAAAGAAUUACCCCAUUGAUGCGAAAAUAGCAAACAAGGUAGAAAUGGAUGAUGGUCUGAAAUGCGGUCUGAGGAGUAGGGAAGAAACCUCUGGUGUUAAGUCGCGCAUUCGUUGCUCAUCUUACUCGGACGAGGGUAGAUUUUCGUGUUAUACAGAACCGGUUGUGAAAGAUCAGAAUCCGGGUUUUGAAGUUCGUAGCAUUCUAAAGCCCGAAAGAAAAGUUUACACCCUCAAGAAUCCUGAUAAGUUGAAUAUGAGCAAGAAGCAUGUCAGGUUCUCUGAUCAAAGUGACAUGCUUUCGCCAAGAAAGAAAACUAUAGAAUUAAGUUUCUCCAGUUUGGAAUUGGAUGUCUCUAGUCUCUCUUGUGAGGAUCAUCAGCCUUCUGCUGAUGACCAAUACUUGAAAAGGUUGAUUAAUUUGUCGAGUUUUCCGCCACAUCUAAGUCUAUAUGAAAGAACAAAGCAUGCGCCGGUUAAGCUUCUGCACCCUUCGGAACUUGGGAUAAACCCCAAUGAUGCUAAAGCAGCUGAUGUUUACAUCCCGGAUACAACACCUGUUUCGAAUUCGGGUUGGAAAUCGGCUGGUUGUCACGCAGAAGCAGCUCCACAUUUUCGAUCAUUUACUUUCACUUUGAAUGAGAUUGCAAAUGAAAGAAAUUCUUUCUUGUGUCAACCUACUUUGGGAGAUAUGCAUCACUACUGGUCAUCUUGUCACCGACUUCCUUUGGAGUGGAUGCAAGAAUCAGUUGCAUAUAGAGAAAGGCAAGAAGAAGAUGCGUUCAUGGUGUUUCCUCUCAAUUUACAAGGUGAGCUCGUUUCAGUAGAUGGGUUUUGUCCUAGAGGUUAUGAUCGGCAACUGACUUCAUGUUUAGGCACUGUUUCUCCUAAAUCUUUGUCUGCAGAAACUGAACUCUUGUCUGGAAAUGUAUUCUCCAACAUGAAGAAGCAUAUUGCCACUGAAACAGCAUAUGCCAAGAAUGGCUUAGACUUAUUCUCGGUCCGGAAUCAGAGAUAUCCCAAGUACUUUCCUGCUAGGUUCGGGGUUGAUGAGACCUUUAGUGAGAAAGCAAACGCCAUCUCAGAUAUUAAUCAUAGAGAAAUCAGUCAAUCUGUCCAUCCUCCGGGUUCUAGUCUCGGUUGGAAGAGCCGCUGGAAUGAUCUGAUCGAGAACCGUAAGAGGAAAAGCAUGGUCGAUGAUAUGCCAUUUUAUAACACUCCAGCAACAAUGCGGUUGAUGGGAAAGGAUGUUACUGUCGGCACAAGUAGUUCAAAUAUGCAGAUAUCAGGAGCUGGAAAGGUUAGAACAAACGAGGGGAUCAUUGCUCGGAACGCUCCUUUUACUUUACCACCAUCACAUGGUUCCUUGUCGGGUAACCAUAGGUGGCCUUGGCUAACGACACGAGGAAAUCCCGAAAAUGCUCUGAGAAUGCCAUCGGAUAACAUGCGGAAUCCAUCUUUUCACGUAGAAUCCGCGAAGGAGGACCCCGUUCAUUGCUUUCGUGCAACUACAAGCCUUAUUCCUGACCAGAGAUUUCGCAUGGAUACUUCUUAUUCGGUGUUUGAUAGCGAUCUCAGCUUCCAAGGAUCCGCUUGGAGCCAACCGAAUAGUUUCACGAUCAAUCUCAGACCACCUUUUCCUUCUGUUUCGCCUCUGCGUUACAGCAACGUCGAUAUUGACCUCAACUACGUUGAUCCUUGUGCUGAAUAACCGCCUUUUCGACUUCCAUUCUUGUGCACAGAUUCUAACGGUGAACCGUCAAUAAUACCCCAUUUCCCUCAAAGUUCCUUCAAGGGCUCGACGACCCCAUGGUCUAAGUUCUGAAACUGGGCCUGGCUAGCUGUCUACUAAUGGGGAUGGUUGGGCUCCUCAGAUUUCUUUCAGUCCUCUCACUCAGCAGCAGCCACUGGCCUUCUCUGGGUCCAAGUCAUCUCCUUUCAUAAAUGUCGGAAGGACAAACAAAACAAAUGCCAGAGGCAAGGUGAAAUCCAAGGCAAAUGGCGGUAGUAUCGGUCAAAUCAAUAAGCGGGAAGCGGAUUUUCCGAGGAAGAAAAACACAGAACAUGAACAGCAAGAGUUAUGACAAGAAAGGAAGAGUCCAUCAUGUUCAAAGUGAGAAAUCUAGUGGAAGUAAGCUUCACCAGGACAGAAAAAGACGGGUUCGUUCAAUCAAAGACAUAUGAUCUAUAUACCCAUUAUCUGAUACCUGUCAGCUUCACCACAUAUUUGAAAAGUUCUAAGAGAUAAUCCGUAGAGAGAAGGCAAGAAGGAUGAAAGAGAAAGAAGAAGAGGAAGAGAGUGCAGUAUCUCUAGCUAGUGACAUUAAGCUGUCUAAAAUCUUAGUCUUAGGUAAGAUUUUGAUUACGAAAGGGGGUAUUUUCGUUGCAAAUUCAAGUGGUUCGAGUAAAUAUAUACGUGUAUUCUCCUUGUCUUUUUUGGACAUUGGGGAAUAACACAAACCAGUAUAUAUAUAUAUAUAUAUAA